AUGGACUCUCUCUACAUAGAGGAGCUGCGCAGCAUGGUGAACGAGCUCAUGAUUCGUCUCGAGUCCGUGCCCGUCACCAAAGGUGGCGGAAGCUUUCAAAAGUUCAAAAAACAUGGGCGGAACCAGAGCCUCGGUUCAAGUCUGCGGGAUCACAGCACAGAGGAGAGCCCAGAGCUCAGUCUUAGCAAAGUGGACACACAGCUUAACUUCACUCUUGAGGUGAGUCGCCUUGCACACCGAACUCCACUUCCGAUCUCUGCACCACCCUUACUUCCUAUGUUCCACGCCUUUUACGUACGCACAUUUCUGAAGUGGUACUGGGAUAACAGUUAG